AUGGCGCAGGCAGAUGUGGUUGCAUUUAAUAUUGGGGCGUUCGUCUCAACACUCUUUCUCCUUGAAUUCGGUGCCGAUAAAUUUAUCGCUUAUACAGCUGUUGUCGCAGGCCGUAUAGGCGUGUCUGAGGUAAUCAUUGGACUCCUUACAGUAGGCGCAGAAUGGGAAGAGCUCGCGGUUGUUAUCGCGUCUCUGGCGCAGGGCCGAUCAUCAUUAGCCAUUGGUAAUGUCAUUGGCGCCGCCAUCUCCAACAUCUUAGGCGUAUUCUCCCUCGGCCUGCUGUGCUAUGAGAGGGGAAAGACAGUUGAAUUCGACAGGAGCUCCCGGAUUUACUCUCUUAUGACUCUUGUCCUAACUACUACCAGUGCAACCUUAAAGUUUACCCUAUUGGCCAGGGUUGGUGAGCCGAGAAAGCCCCGUGUGCAAAUCUGUCGAGAUGGCAAGGCAGACGAAGAAAUGCCUGCCGAGUAA